CUUCACCAAAACAUAUUCUUGCAUGGGUAUCUUGCUUGCUUGACUCUACCAAAAGCAAUUCGAAAUGACAAAUCCUACUACUAGAGCAGGACUCUGCAAUUUUUUUGCGGUUCUCGUUGGACUGUUUUGUCUGCGUGUCACCGAUGGUUUCRUGGUUAAMAGCAGCCAUCGGUCUUCCUUCCGAGAAGGUCUCUCACCGGURUCAUUGUCAUCGACGCACGAUGAACAAAUAGAAAGCUACAGCGAAACUAUUCCCUCCACCAACGAACUCACGAGAAGACGGRCCGGCCGCUUGGCGUUCCAAUCACUGUCGACCGGUGUGUUGGCRUGGGGUUCGUUUCGGCAGCUCGCYCUUGCCGAGGAUGGAUCGGCCUCUACCGAUUUCAUUGUGGGGAAAGUCGUUCUUCCUACCGGCAUGGAUUCCCCCGGCGGCGUCGACAACGGUACCGAAACACCAACGACAAAACCCGCACUCUACAUUACGGCCCGCCCCAACCGCCCGGACAAUGUUCCGAGAGCAAUCCUCGACGGAAGYCGUGGAAAGCCACCRCCGGUACUGGCCGCCCGAUACGAAAACCCCGGUUUUCCCUUCGAGUUCCAACUAAGCGAUAAAGAUCUCACCCCCGAGGGUGCCGGSAUCGAAAACAAUGGCAGCAGCUCUGGCACGUUUUGGUGGAGCACCGACGACCUGGUCGUGAGUGCGCGUUGGGACAGCGACGGCAUCGCUGCGACUCGUUCGCCGGAGGAUCUCGUUGGAAGAAACRUUUGGAAGCGCGACGAGACMACCGGAUCGUUUGUGCUCCCACUCCAGGGGCGGGGAUCGUUCGGGAAAUUUGCCACCAAAAAGAGUUGAGCUAUCGCUAACGUAAUACAGCUAGCUAACUAGC